CUUUAUUUCAUUUGUGGGAGAAGCUCUGACAUUGUUACUGUAAAGUCGAAGCUGUUUUCCUGUCGCGGAUAAAAUGAUUUCCUCCAGAACAAGGCGGAGCUCGAUGUGAGCAGGAUGACGUCACGUUUACAGCCCAGCAGCGAUGAAGCUCAACUUCCUGUUAAUGAGCCAGCGGCCAACUCUCCGCCAUCUUGGCUCAAUUAUAUGGAAAAUGUUGAAGACAACAUGGCUUCUGAGAUGCUAAUCAGGUUCUAGAUACAUGGUUGCCAUGGUUACGCACUACAUCUCUUCAAAAGUAAAAGUGUAACAUCCUCCCAGCUGCUCAGCAUCCAGAACCAAAGGGGAAAACUGUCCAAACAGAACUCGAGUCAGAAAAGAACCGAGCAGAACCAGAACUGCUCUAGCAUGCUGCCACCACAGGGGGCGCUGCUGUAGUUUAGUGCCCAAAGUGGGUCCUGGAGGCACCUGCAGGUUUUAGUUCUGCCCCUGGCGCCAUGACAACCUGUUCAGCUUGUCAAUGUUGAGGUCUAACGAGCCUCAUCUGAUCCAGGUGCGUUAAACCAGGGAGAGACUAAAACAUGCAGGAUGCCGGGAGACCAGGACCCACUUUGGACGCCCCUGUUUUACAGGGACACACCUGUCAAGGAAGCAGGAUGAGCGAGGAGCAGACGGUGUCUCUGGUGGACGUUCUGGAGGAGGAUGAGGAGCUGGAGGAGGAAGCUUCGGCCGUGCUGGCAGGAAGUGAUUCCGAUCACUGCUCCUAUCCUCAGGGCUACGUGAAGCGGCAGGCGCUGUACGCCUGCAACACCUGCAUGCCGCAGGGCGGCGAGGCCGCUGGCGUCUGCCUGGCCUGCUCCUACACCUGCCACGAAGGUCACGACCUCUUCGAGCUCUACACCAAGAGAAAUUUCCGCUGUGACUGUGGAAACAGGAAGUUCUCUGAGCUGCAGUGUAAACUACAUCCUGAGAAGGACAACGCCAACACUCUGAAUAAAUACAGCCAUAACUUCUUCGGCCUCUACUGCACCUGCCGCCGGCCGUACCCUGACCCUGAUGACCAGGUGGAGGAUGAGAUGAUCCAGUGUGUCGUCUGUGAGGACUGGCUGCAUGGCAGGCACCUGGGUUGUGCGGUUCCUGACUGUGUGGAGAUGCAGGAGAUGAUCUGUGAGUCCUGCAUGAACCAACAUGUUUUUCUCUGGGCCUACGCUGCUCACCUAGCAGUGCAGGGUCCAGCGCUCCAGACCAAGGAGGAGAAAGGAGAGCAGUCAGAGGCUGGUGUCCCUAAAAAGGAGGAGAAGGGCGAAGAGGUCGUCGAGCCCGGCUGUAAACGCAGCCGGCAGGAGGCGGAGCCAAGCUGCAGACUGAAGGCGCUGCAGGAAGCGGGUCAGAAGACGGACCAAUCAGGAGCCGUGUUCUGGCCCUCAGGGUGGCGCUCCAGGCUCUGCUCCUGCUCCACCUGCCAGGUGCAGCUGGCUGACGCCGGACUGUCCUUCCUGUUGGACGAAGCGGACACCGUCCUCGCCUACGAGAACAAAGGAAAGACCAACGAGCAGAGACAGCAGGGACACGACCCGCUGAUGUCCGCGCUGGACAACCUGAACCGGGUCCAACAGCUCGAGAUCAUCCACGGCUACAACGACAUGAAAACUGAACUGAAGGACUUCCUGCAGACGUUUGCGGCUGAAGGAAAGGUCGUGACCUCUGAUGACAUCCGUCAGUUCUUCGAGCAGCAGAGUCGUAAGAGGCGUCGAUCCGAUUCCGGACCGUUCUUCUCCUGAUCGCUUCCCGGGAAAAACUCAACUUCUUCUUCUUCAGUUUUAUGUUUUCUGAAUUUGUUCUUUGGGAUGUUUUUAAGCUGAAUGUCUCUUAGUUUCAUCUUCAUGUUUUCUUACUUGUGAGAAUAAAAUUUACGCUGAGCAAUAAA